GACGCAUCUGCACAAGGGACGAAGAUUUCCAAAAAGAAGCUCACAAACUCUUUGAUCAGUUUCUGACGAGAGGGUAUGCACGAGCUGUCUUGGUUCAGCCAUUUGCAAAAGCCUCUGAGAAAAAUAUAAAUGAGUUAUUCAUCGAAUGUAAACCCGAAAAGCAAAAAAUAUUCUCUUGUGUAUUUUACACUAGUUGUUCACCAUUUGGGCGUGACACAUGUAAUGUAAAAAAAAACAAAACACUGGAACAUUUUAUCUGUUGACGACAUUGGCAAAGAGAUUUUUAACUCUUUUUUAGAGCAAAGAAAGUUCGAGACACACUGAUACAUGCAGACACACAAAAACACUCCACCCACCAGGGACGUUUGGACAAUGCCACACGUUUCUUUCCUUGCAGAAAUUCUGCUGCAUGUUCUAAUUGUAAAAAGGUCAACACUUUUACAAGCUUUGUGACCAAAAAAAAAAAAAAAUUGAUAACAUGCAGAUCUAGUAAUGUCGUCUACCUUCUUGCAUGUACCAAAUGUGGCAUCCAAUAUGUAGGAAAAACUAGGGGACAACUUAAAAUGGUCUAUCAAAGCUCCACCUCUCAAGUGACUCCUCUGAACAGGAAAGAGGAAGCAUAGUUUGUCAUUUUAAGGAGACACACAGACUGAGAAACAGACAAUUAUAUUCACAGUAGCCCAAACUAACAACAUCUACUGAGAGAGGACAGCUACAGGAAAGAAUACAGGAAAACUGCAACAUCAACCUGCUGCACCUCAACACACUGAAUAAAGAAAAUGGCUUCCCAGCCAGAGGAGGAUCUUUCCUGUCCUAUCUGCCAUGACAUUUUUAGAGAUCCUGUCGUUCUGUCAUGCAGCCACAGUUUCUGUAAAGUCUGUGUGCAGAACUGGUGGUCAGUGAAACUCAUACAGAAGUGUCCAAUUUGUGAGAGAAGAUCAUCGAAGAGUCAACCACCUGUUAGUCUGGUGUUAAAGAACCUGUGUGAGGCCUUCUUACUGGAGAGAGAUCAGAGAGCUUCAGCAGGGUCUGAGGCUCUCUGCAGUCUGCACUCUGAGAGACUCAAACUCUUCUGUCUGGACCAUCAGCAGCCAGUGUGUCUCGUCUGUCGAGACUCAAAAACACACAACAACCACAGAUUCAGACCCGUCCAUGAAGCUGCACAGGAUCGCAGAGAGGAGCUCCAGAAGUCCCUGAAGCCUUUAUGGGAGAAACUGAAGCUCUUUGAACAAGUUAAAGGAAACUGUGAUCAAACAGCAGAACACAUUAAGGUCCAGGCCCGAAACACAGAGAGGGAGAUUAAGGAGCAGUUUAAGAAGCUUCACCAGUUUCUACAAGAGGAAGAGGAGGCCAGGAUCGCUGCGGUGAGGGUAGAAGAAAAGCAAAAAAGUAAAGUGAUGAAGCAGAAGAUUUAUGCUCUGAGCAGAGAGAUAGCAGCUCUUUCAGACACAAUCAGAGCCACAGAGGAGCAGCUGAGAGCUGAAGACGUCUCAUUCCUGCAGAACUACAAGGCUGCAGUGGAAAGAAUCCAGCAGCGCCCCCUGCUGGAUGAUCCAGAGCUGGUCUCAGGAGCUCUGAUAGACGUGGCCAAACACCUGGGAAACCUGACCUUCAGCAUCUGCAACAAGACGAAGAAGAUGGUCUCCUACACUCCUGUGAUUCUGGAUCCAAACUCUGCUCAUCCAGAACUCAUCCUGUCUGAAGAUCUGACCAGUGUGGUGCUUGGACAGAAACAGAAGCUUCCUGAAAACCCAGAGAGGUUUGACUGUUAUCGCAUUGUUCUGGGCUCUGAGGGCUUUAACUCAGGGAUUCACAGCUGGGAGGUUGAGGUUGGAGACAGUACACACUGGAUCCUGGGUGUGGCAGCAGAGUCUGUUGAGAGAAGGGGAGACAUACGCUUACAGUUUGGAUUAUGGGGAAUGGGGCUCUAUAAAGAUGAAUACACAACAUGCUCACUACCAGGUCCAGACACUGUUCUCUCAGUGAAGAAGCUCCAGAGGAUCAGAGUCCAUCUGGACUGGAAAAGAGGAAAACUGUCAUUCUCUGAUCCUGAUACUAACACACACAUACACACCUUCACACACACUUUCACUCAGAAGCUGUUUCCGGUCAUUACCACAGGGAAUGAACUCCCACUGAAGAUAUUACCAGUUCUUUUCCCCCCAAACUGGUAAAUUCAGCUCCUGUUCUUACUGUCAGACAAUUCCCUCAUGAGCUCAAACUCCUAUUUUAAGCGAGUAGGCUAUAAACAUGAAAUUUCUUGUGUGUUAUCACCAAUAUCUCUACAGCUUCACAUGCCACAGUAUUGUGUCUAAACAGGUUGAAAUCAGGCGUUAUUUUUCCAACAUCAAAAGGGUACACACGUUGAAUUUUGCUGUGUUAUUACGCUACUGCUGACUAAUGCUUCCAUGCCAUUGGCUGGGACUGCUAGGCUUACCACCUUUGAAUGUAAGACCUGACCCAUGCCUAUGUUGUUGUUGUAUGAGCUCAUGUGAUCUGGCAUCUGCAUUGGGACACUUCACUCGAAUGUUAAUUAACUGUGAUGCCUUGCAGUCCAUCUUCACCAGUGAGGAAUGAUUAACCUGCAGCGGAUACACUUUGAUUAACAUUCUGCAUUUAAAUUGUAUUUUUUUGUCUUUGUCUUUCAUGGUUUUGCAUAUUUUUGAACAUUCUGUUGUCAGAUCUGUUAAUGAAAGAAAUAGUUCAUUCAAAAAAUUGGAGGGCAGUAAUACGGUGCUUUGAAAUUGUAUAAAAAUACAACAAACGAUUAAGGAAGUGGUCCCUUCAGAUUCCAUUCUAGCAAUUCCAAUUCAGCUCACUGAGACACGGACACCGUGCAAGAUGGCGUCUUGAGCACACAGGUUUUACCGAGUGCUGUUCACCGUAACUUAAAAGUCGUCAGCGGACCGUGUAUUAUAGACAGUUCGAGGUCCGGUAUAAUGUUAUCCAAGUAAGAGAACUCUAAUUUAUUUUUCAUGUAACUUAUGGUGAACAGCACUCGGUAAAAGCUGUGUGCUCUAGAGUGUGUCUCAGUGAACUGAAUUUGAAUUAUGAGAAGUGAAUGUGGAAGUAUCUAAAGAGUUGAAUUUUCAGUGAGGAUCAAAUACAGUUUCAGAGCAACUGAAUUCAAUUUCGUAAUAUUACAUUUAGUUUCAAGUUUAUUGGAAUUCAGUCCAAACUAAAAUUCUAUUUCAAAUUAUGCUAUUAAGUUUUUCACUGCAAUUAUUCAGAUUAUACAAUACAAAUUAAAAUUAUGUGAUUCAAAUUCAGUUUUUUAAUGCAAUUAUUCAAAUUGAGCAAUUUCAGUUUCUAGUGACUCAUAUUUCUGCCCAAAGGUCUCCCCCUAAAUCACAGGAUUGAAAAGGAACUUGUAAACUUGCUUUUAACGUCUUGCCCUCGCCUAAGAUCUUGCAUAGUAACACGCACGAGAAAUCACACGUUUAUAAAUCACUGGUUUGCCAAAGAACCUCAAUUUAACAACAUACAGGACAAUCAAAAGAGAGAGAGAAACACAACAAAACAUGUUUUCUGAAAGAAUGAGUAGGGGAAAUGUAGGUUUGACUGUCAAUACAGAUGGAAACUUUAUUUUGACAUAUACAAAAAUCACCCCAUUCAUACAAACAAGUUGUGUUAAAAAAGACUGGACAUGAUUUUUAAUGCAUAACAAGAAACAUUCAGAUGGAGGUGUUUUAAUUCUGCUGUGAAACAAAAUAUAUUGCUGUGAAUUAUGUGUCUUAAGGCACUGCUGGCUCCUAUAGAGUUCACUAUCGGCAUCCAGGCUUAAGCUGUCGAAUCUAACAGACAAAAUAAAGACUGAUGUGUAUUAACCUUUAAAUAAAAACACAUGAAAUAAUAAGUAUGUAGGAUGUAUAUUUUAAAAAGGCAAUUUUAGUUUGAACUCUUCUAUUCAACUGAUUAAAAACUGCAACUCUGCCUGUGAUUGAACAGAAACGAUUAACCAAUUAAUUAAUUGACAAAAACUUAAUAGGCACCAAUUUUGAUAAUUGAUUGGUUGUUUAAGUCAUUUUUAUGCAAAAAUGCCAAACAUCGUCUGAUAAUAACUUUUAAAAUGUGGUUAUAUGCUUAUUCUUCUGUGAUAAUAACCAACAAUGGUUAUUAUAAAUCAAGAUGAAACUGAAAAUAUAUAUAUUACAGCUGAAAGCAACAUGAUUUCAAUUUGCACUGCAUUAUUAUUCUCAUGUGACGACUUUUAUUAAACCAAAACACAGAAGAGAAUUUACCUUGUUGUUGUUGUUGUUCAAUGAUAAUACUAUACCAAUGCAAAUAGGGCUUAAAUACCAGUGCUGGUUAGGUCAUUGAUUCAAUGUUAUUAUUAUUAUUAUUAUUAUUACUACAUUACACUGAAGCCAAACUCUUACAUUAUAACAGUUGCAAUCAAACAUUUUCAGUGAGAGGAAUUUUAGAAAAAAUAUAUAUGUUUCUCUGUUGUUUAAGUAUAAUAUCUUUUCAUAGAUAUCAGGUAGGUACAGUUGCCUGUGACAUGACUAAAAAUCAUAUUAACAUACAGAAAUAAAGCACCGAAGAUUCACAAAUCAGCAAAC